AUGGCGCCGAAGGCCAAGGCCAAGCCCAAGGCUGCCCCCAAGCGUGUCGCCAAGUCGGGCCUGAAAAGCAAAGCCGGGCGCAUCGCCGUCAUUCCCGCUUCGGGCCUCGCUGCCAAAGGUAGCGUGCUCAAGGAGGGUGGGGAGACCUACGAUGCCGACUUGAACUUGGUAGACGCCGCCAAGAAUUCUGACAAGUUCUACAAGAUGCAGGUGGUGCAGUCCAGCGACAAGUCCAAGUACUGGUUCGUGCAACAUUGGGGCCGGAACGGAACUGCUGGGCAGGUGCAGGUCAAAGGGCCAUCCACCAAAGACAAGGCCAUCAAGCUCCUCCAGCAGAAGUUCCGGCAGAAAGCCGGCGUGAAGUUUGAGGACCGCGGCAAGGGUGGCGCUGCUUCUCCCGGCAGCACCGCCAAGACCGGGAAGUACGAGAUGCUUGACAGGCGCCUGAACAAGGCCAAAGCUGGCCGUGCCAAGGGAAAGGGUGCCGUGGCCAUCUCGUUGAUGUGGGACAACUCGAAGAAAGGAAGGACCAAUGACUUGGAUCUUCAUGUGGUCCCACCCAGCAAGGAGAAGAUCUGGUUCCAGCACAAGAAGUCCGCAUGCAAGGGAGAGUUGGAUGUGGACCGCAUGCAAGAUUGCAAAGAGCCGGUGGAGAACAUCGUUUGGAAGAAGAACGCACCCAAGGGCAAGUACACGGUGUCUGUGGUCAAUUUCAGUUGCAGCCACGCGAAUGCCGUUCCUUUUGAUGUUGGCAUUUGCAUCAACGGUGGCGAGACGCAGAUAAUUUCCAAGUCCGUGAACGGCAAGUCCGGGGCGAAGGUAACCGUCAAGUCGUUCCAGUACACUGGCUAG